CUCCUGAGUGGUGGGGUCCUUCCGUGCAUUAUGGAAAUUGCACUCUGGUGAGAGACUUCCCCCGGGGUCGUCUGCUGUCUUGGAGCUUUGCGGAAUAGCCUCGAGCUUUCUGUAGCGCUCUUCGUUCAAUUUGACAGUUUUUCCGGCGUUGAUCCCGCCAUCGUACCAGGUUGCGUACUUCUGCACCUACUCCGAGAGAAUAACCUUGUCACGUGAUUGGGUCCUCUGACGGCCCCGAGCUGGAGAACCGAAACCGAAAGCAAUGGGGAAUGGUGUAGGAAAGAACAUUGUCAUAUUUGAAAAUGGCAGCAUGUUUCGAAGGAGCAAUUGAAGAAGUAAGGGCAGGGACGGUGAAGUAAACUGCGACAGAUACCUGAUCUGAAGAAAUAUCAAUGUGAAAAACUCCUGAAAAUUUGAAGGCGAAGAUGCCAUCGACAGUUCUGAGGAAAAGAUUUCAUGGUCACCCCGUGUGGAGAUGGCGCAUUGGAGUGCUAUUGAUUAUGGGUACUUUAGCUCUGUUGACAAUGACGAAGUUCCAAGGAGAUGUGACUCCAACUCAUGAAAGUGAAUUCAUCGCACUACCUGAGAAAGUACCUUUAGCGAAGCCCAAGCUUGCAUUUCUUUAUCUAGCUCGGAAUCAAAUGCCCCUUGACAUCCUCUGGGCACAUUUUUUCAAGGGUGCCGAAGAGCAUGAAUACAAUGUCUACAUCCAUGCAAGGCCUGGUGUGGUAUACAAUAGGAAAACAACGGAUUGCAAAGCUUUCUACAACAGACAAAUCAAAAAUAGCGUUUCGGUAGAGUGGGGGGCAGCAAGUAUGGUAGAAGCAGAGCGUCUGUUACUCGCUACAGCCCUCGAGGAUCCUUUGAAUGAACGUUUCAUUUUAUUAUCUGACAGUUGCGUGCCCUUAUACACUUUCAAGUACGUCUACGACUAUGUCAUGUCAUCUCAUAAAAGUUUCGUUGACAGCUUCAUCGAUUAUGCCGAUGAACGCUAUGAUCCGAGAAUGGCACCCCAGAUCACCUCUGAUAAAUGGAGAAAGGGAUCACAGUGGUUUUUUUUCAUUCGAAAACAUGCUGAAGCGGUUGUUAAUGACACAGUCAUAUUUCCAGUAUUUCGUCAAUAUUGCAAGAGGUUGGCCCUACCAGAGUAUUGGCGUGCAAGGUUUAAUAAUGAAACUGAAGAGGAGCACAACUGCAUACCAGAUGAGCAUUACAUUCAAACACUAUUGGCGAUCAAGGACCUUGAAGAGGAAAUAGAGCGUAGAACUCUAACAUACAGUCACUGGAAAGACUUCGAUCAGGAGCGUGAUAGACGAGGAUGGCAUCCGAUCACUUUCAACUAUGCAGACGCAUCGCUGAAAACUAUCAAAGACAUCCAGGCGAUUAUUAGUAUACAUUAUGCUACAGAAUCACGAACAGAAUGGUGUAGUUCCAAUGGAGAACCCCGUCCAUGCUAUUUGUUUGCCAGAAAGUUCACGAGGGGUGCAGGAUUCAGGCUUCUCAAUCAAGUGAAACAAUAUGAGAAUCCACAAACGAUUGAACCUCAACCCAGCUAGUGCCUUCGUAGCACGAGUGUCUUUAUUCUUUUGUAGAUUCCUAGCCAAUGUAUCAUAUUGACUAUUUGUCCACCCAUGGGCUUGGGAUAACCCAGCUUGAAUUCUCUAUGUGGUCACCUCCACACUCUGGUAGCCGCAAGGAUAUAAAAAAUAAAACUAGUCGCCGUGGCAACAAAUUGUUGAUACAGUAAAAGCCAUGACUAGUUCUCACCUGUCUGUAAAACAGGGCUAGCAAACUUUUUUCAGGGCAAGGACCGUUCAUCCGUUAGGUUACCUGCUAUGCUAAAUUCAGCUGAUACAGACGGGAACAUCUGAGAUGGAAUUGCAUAUUAUGUUCCCAAUAUCGAACGAGUUUUAUAGGGCAGAUCAGUAAAUCUUUAAUGAUCCUUAGACUAUUCUCUAUCCCUGGAUGGGGUGGACGAGGUAGAAGGUAGUUUUUUAGUUAGACUUUAAAUUUUUGCUCUCAGAGUUGUCAGUGCAUUCUUUGAUGUAAGUUUCUGACCCCCUCGAAUUAGCCUGGGUGGAAUGAGGAAACGUCUGCAAGAUUUUUACCAUUUCGAGUCAAUGCAAGCAGGUGCUGAAUUCGGUUGAG